UCGAAGGGUAUUUGCUCACUUCACAUAUCAUAUAAGUAAAUUGCAUUUAACCUUGUAGAAGAAACUUUCCCCACUCUCUUUGCCAUCUUUUUCUGGCUAUUCAGCUCUCUCUUUCCCAACCCUCCUCCAUUCUUCCUGCUUAUUCUUUUACAUCAAUCUUUUCACAAGAAAACAACGAAUCAAGAACCCAAAAAAAGGAAAAAAAUAAAAGUAAAAAAGAGUCCCCUAUCAGAUCCUAGAGUUUUGCCCUUUUCUCUCUAGUGAUCUGAUCAAACCAAUCUUCAUCCCAUUGAUUUAACAGAAAAAAAAAAAAAAAAAAAGAAUCAAAGAAAAUGGUUCGUAUAAGCAAUUGGAUCAUCACAUUGCUCAAUAUUUUGAGCCUUGUGGCUGGAAUUGCUGCGGUUCUUAUGUCGGCAUGGUUGUUCAUAAAAAUCGAAACCCCAUGCGAGAGGAACUUGAGAAUGCCGUUUCUGAUGAUGGGCGGCGCGCUGCUGGGUGUUUCCAUUAUGGGGCUUCUGGGCUCCUGCUGCCGUCUCAACUUCUUCAUGUGGCUCUAUCUCAUCACCUUGUUUUUGAUCAUGUUGUGGUUGAUCGUCUUCACCAUUUUUGCGAUCAUCGUGACAAAUAAAAGCGUCGGGCGGGAGCUAUCUGGGAAAGGGUUGGGGGAGCGGAAGCUGGGGGAUUACUCGCACUGGCUGCAGAAUUAUGUGGUUAAUGAAGAAAACUGGGAUAAGAUUAGGGUCUGUUUUGGUCAGACCAAAUUAUGUUCGUUUGAGGCUGGAAAGGAUCAGAAUCAGUACAGUAAAUAUAUGUCUUCCAUGCAGUCAGGGUGCUGCAAGCCACCAAAUGUGUGCGGGCUAGUGUUCGAGAACGCAACGACUUGGAACAUGCCGAAAAAGGGUCCGGCAGAUCCCAACCCAGACUGCAGAACAUGGAGCAAUGUGCAGACAGAGCUGUGCUACAACUGCCAGUCCUGCAAGAUCGAAGCUCUUGAGGAAAUAAAGAAAGAAUGGAAGAUAUUGUCCCUAGCAAACACUUGCAUUCUUAUCGUCGUUGGCAUCAUUUACUCCAUCAGUUGUUGUGCCCUCAGAAACAACCAGAGCAAAGGAUACCAAAAAUACAAAGGCCACUAUGCUUGACCUACCACCUUCACAUGCAUGUUUGUUUGUUUUAGGUGUUUCUGUAUCUGCAUCACAAGAAAGAGGAGCGGAGAAAAAGAUAGAUUGAUGAUAUAUGUGGUAACUAUCUUUUGGUGUUAACUUGGAUAGAUUGAUGAGAAGGUAUAGAUAAAUAGUAGCUAGUUUUUUGCUUUUUUUUUUUUUUC